UGCUGUCAUUGACUGAAAGGCAGAAAAGUGCUCCAGUGGAAACGGGACGGGGAGUCCUCCACAGCAGCAUGGACGGCUGCCCGCCAUAGCUCAUAGUUCACGCACCGUGGGCUGUUAGUGGGUGGAGAGUUUUAUUUCAUCCUUCGAACUACGUUUUUUUCUUUCUUCUACUGUUUUUUUUUUCAUGUUACAACCCGCAAUGGAUCGAGUCAAAAGCUCCAUGCAGCAAGUCCCGAACGCCAUCCCCAAAGUGAUCCGAAGGACCGGAGGGGCCAACAGCCUGGAGCUGGAGAGGGAAAACUUUGAGAGAGGCCAGGCUGUCAGCAUCAACAAGGCUAUCAACACACAGGAGGUCGCUGUCAAAGAGAAACAUGCCAGGACUUGCAUCCUGGGGACCCAUCAUGAGAAAGGCGCCCACACGUUCUGGGCUGCCGUCAACCGGCUUCCCCUCUCCAGCAACGCCGUGCUGUGCUGGAAGUUCUGCCACGUCUUCCACAAGCUGCUGCGGGACGGACACCCCAAUGUGAUCAAGGACUCCAUGAGGAACAAGGCAGAUCUGGCUGAUAUGAGCAGGAUGUGGGGUCAUCUGAGCGAAGGAUACGGGAAGCUGUGCAGCAUCUACCUCAAGCUGCUCAUCACUAAAAUGGAAUUUCACAUUAAAAACCCCCGUUUCCCGGGCAAUCUGCAGAUGUCCAACAGGCAGCUCGAUGAGGCGGGAGAGAACGACGUCAACAAUUUCUUCCAGCUCACGGUGGAGAUGUUCGACUACCUGGAGUGUGAGCUCAACCUCUUCCUCGGCGUGUUCAACUCUUUGGACAUGUCUCGGUCUGUGUCUGUGACGGCAGCCGGUCAGUGUCGUCUGGCUCCCCUCAUCCAAGUCAUCCUAGACUGCAGCCACCUGUACGACUACACCGUCAAGCUGCUCUUCAAGCUGCACUCCUGCCUUCCAGCCGACACUCUCCAGGGCCACAGAGAUCGCUUCCAGGAGCAGUUUAAGAAGCUUAAGAGUCUCUUCUACCGCUCAAGUAACCUGCAGUAUUUCAAGAGGCUGAUUCAGAUCCCACAGCUGCCUGAGAACCCCCCAAACUUCCUGCGUGCGUCCGCGCUGUCGGAGCACAUCAGCCCCGUGGUCGUGAUUCCCGCUGAGUCUUCUUCUCCAGAGUCGGAACAUGUGGUGGAAACGGACGACCUGGUGGACACGGAUGUCCCCUCUCUGCCGGCUCCCUCGGAGGUCAAGUUUGACGACUUGUUCGGCACUUCGGCCGCGAUCGAUCCGUUUAACUUCAACAGCCAGAACGGCAUGCGGAAAGAUGACAAAGACCGUCUGAUCGAGCAGCUGACCAGGGAGAUCCAGGCCCUCAAGGAGGAGCUGGAGUCUUUUAGGCUGGAGAGCGGCCGGCUGUGUCAGGCUCUGAGGGGGCGGGUCAACGAGCUUGAAGCGGAGCUCGCCGAGCAGAGCCACCUGAGGCUGCAGGCCGUAGGGGAGAGCGAGUUCCUGAAGGCGGAGCUGGAUGACCUGCGGAGGGCCAGGGAGGACACGGAGAAAGAGCAGCGGAGCCUGACGGAGAUUGAGAAAAAAGCUCAGGCCAACGAGCAGCGCUACACCAAGCUGAAGGAGAAAUACACUGAACUGGUUCAGAGUCACGCCGACCUGCUGAGGAAGAACGCAGAGGUGACCCGGCAGAUGACUGUGGCGCGGGCAGCUCAGGAUGAGGUGGAAGAGGUCCGGAGGGAGAUGCAGGAGAAGGUGAAGGGAGCACAGGAGGCUGCGGACAGACAGGAGAGGGAGCAGGUCAAGCAGCUCCAAGAACUGCAGAGGGAGCUGGUUUCCACCCAGGCUGAACUGGACUCCCUGAAGACCACCAUGGCCUCGUCUCAGCAGUCAAGCGAAGUGCUCAGCACCCAGCUGGUCGCCCUGGAGUCCGAGAAGGCAGAGCUGGUGCAAACUUUGUCGAAGGUGGAGGCGGAGCUUGCAGUACAGGGGGAGGAGCUCCAGCGUGUCCAAAGCUCUCUGGCUACUGAAAGGGAAAGCGGGGUGAAGACGGCCGAGGCCCUGCAGAAUCAGCUCAACGAGAAGGAGAGCAGGGAGCAAGCGUUGGAAAGUCAGCUGGUAGCGGCUCGCUGGUCCAGUCUGCAGGGAGCGGUGGAGGAGGCAGAGAAGAUCAUCCAGGACUCAUUAGCACAGAUAGAUGAUCCAGCGCACAUCAGCUGCACCAGCUCUGCAGACUAUCUUGCAUCUAGAUGUCGGGCCUCUUUAGAGUCUAUGGACAAUUUGCAGAGAGCUAGAGAAGCUUUCUUGACUGACAACACAGCCGUGCUGGAGCUGGUGCAUGUGGUGACCCAGUGUGGCCACCUGGUGGGCGAUACCAUCGUUCAGGGCAGCGCCACCUCCCACAUGGUUCCUGUGGAGCAAGCAGAGGCACUGUCAGAGAGCGUGAAGACGUGCGGAUCGGAAGCUCUGGCUCUGCUGGGACAGAUGAAGCAGCAGGACAGCCUUGCUGCUGCCGACGGCAACAAGCUGCGGACGGCGCUGGAGGACAUCCUGACCACAGCGGAGGUGGAAACUGCGCCGAGGGGUUUGGAGCUGCAGCAGGGGGAGCUGGGAGAUCUGGUGGAGCAGGAAAUGGCUGCCACUUCCGCCGCUGUGGAGUCCGCGGCUGCCAGGAUAGAGGAAAUGCUGAACAAGUCCCGAGCAGUUGAUACAGGAAUCAAGAUGGAGGUCAACGAGAGGAUCCUGGCUUCCUGCACAGAGCUGAUGCAGGCCAUCAAGGCACUGGUUCUGUCCUCUAAAGAUCUGCAAAGGGAUAUCGUGGAGAGUGGAAGGGGGGCAUCCUCCAUGAAGGAAUUUUAUGCUAAGAAUUCCCGCUGGACUGAGGGCCUGAUCUCUGCCUCCAAGGCGGUUGGAUGGGGCGCUACAGUCAUGGUUGAUGCUGCCGACAUGGUGGUUCAGGGAAAAGGAAAGUUUGAAGAGCUGAUGGUGUGUUCACAUGAAAUAGCAGCCAGCACUGCACAGCUAGUGGCUGCUUCCAAGGUAAAAGCAGAUAAAGACAGCUCCAACCUGCAGCGCCUGCAGCAGGCGUCCCGCGGGGUCACCCAGGCAACCGCCGCUGUCGUGGCCUCCACAAAGUCUGGGAAAUCCCAGAUCGAAGAAACAGAAACGAUGGACUUCUCCAGCAUGACUCUGACCCAGAUCAAGAGGCAGGAGAUGGAUGCUCAGGUUAUGGUUCUGGAGCUGGAGACCCGUCUGCAGAAGGAGCGGAAGCGUCUUGGGGAGCUGAGGAAGAAGCAUUACGAGCUCGCUGGUGUAGCAGAGGGCUGGGGCGAGGAAGGGGAAGGCACGGGAUGAAACCCUCGUCUUCCUCCUCUCAUAGACCUGAUUUCCUCCGCCUCCGUUUAUUUAUAGACAUCAUUCUCCGUCUUUUCCUCCCAUCCGUUCACAUUUAUCUGCUUGUUUAUAUCCAAGCCGAAGAAAAGGUGCUUCUUUUUUUGAAAUCCCCGCUCCUCACACGCCUGCCCUCCGUCUGUGGAUGUGCCGUUCCAUCCAGACAGAAUCCGCCGCAGCGACCCAAGUUUUCCGUCUCCCCGUUUUAUUGACCGCGGGGAGUCACAGAGGAUGUAAUACGAGCACAAGGUGGGAGUGGAUCAGCGGCUGCUCCUCCUCCUCAGCUGCUGCGUCUCCUCUCUGUUCAUCAGUGUCUGAUUCAGAUAGAGGAGCCGCGCGGCUCCGUUCCAGUCUCUUCCUAUUCUGUUCUCACUGUGAGUUAAUCACCUUUUUAAGUCCGUACGGCCUCCACGCCGGAGGCCUGCCCUCGGACUUUCUGCCUUUCACGUCCUCGCCAUUGUAACGACCGUGACUGUUAACCUAAAAAGAAAAAAAAAAAAAACACCCUCCACUAAAUUUUCUUGUCCUUUUACCAGAUGAAAGCAGUCAGCAUUAUGAAGGGUUGCUUGGUCUGAAGUGGUUGCCGCAAAAAAACACUAACAACACAAUCGUUUGUACUUUUUUUUUCUUUCCUUUUUACGAUUUAUUUAUAAAACAGAGCGAUGAGAAGUUUGAUAUCUUAUUAUCAUCUCAACACAUCGGUUCUAAGCCUGUCUGCAGGAAUUUUCCUGAUCGCUCAGAGGAAUUAAAGAAGCGAGCCUCUGUUUUAAAUGUUUUAUUACCGUCUCAGAAGUACAUGCACAAAAGUUCAUCCCAUGACCAUUCAGGACCCGAUUCCAGUGGAUUCAGACUCGCUAAGACCACCAUGCUGUGUGCUAAAACUGCAAGCAAUCUGCUUCAAAGAACUGUUUUCUUUUUCUUUCUGUUGCCUCCCUCCAUCUAAAGAUUCGAUGGACCUGAAAGCCUCACGCCUCCCAAUCAUUUCCUGAUGAAGUGACUCUAAACUGGCUGGACUCUCUAAGAUGAGCAGGCUUUUCUGUUUUACCGUCUUGUUUAAGCAAACACCUUCUUACCUUCUGUGUGUUCACACUGCUGACGAUUCUGUGUCUUAACGCUCAGCCUCACCUGGUUUUGAUGCUGUUUUUUGUUUUGUUUUUUUUAAAACAAAUGCUGCUGGGUUAGAUUUAGCUCUUUUUUUCAUAUAGAGAUAAUGGUGAGGUUGUUAUACAGACUUCUGUUCCCAUCUGCUGCUCCAAACAGGUUAAAGCGAGCAUCAUUCACUGUACUGUUAGUUUCUAAGUUGUAUUUAAUCACAACUUUAGCUCAGCUGUUAGCUGACUCUAAUUUAAAACACAGCUUAGUCCAUAUAAAGAGGAAGAAAUCUCAUUACAGCGGCGUCUCAAGUGUCUUGAAAGGUAAAGUGCACACAACUUUUAUCCCUUUAUUUCUUUGCUCAGAAGCUUUUCGUGAAUCUAUUUUAUUUGAUUCCUUUGGUUCCUUCAUCUUCCAGGUUUGUGUCUGUAGUUCCAGCAGCUCAGCCAGCCUUUUUCAAACUGCCUCAUACUGUAGUCAGAGACAGAUAUUCACAUAGCAACGUGGAAAUAUGUCUUUGUAUGAUAUUCUACUAAACCAAUGUUGGUGGGUGUGUUUUUAUUUUUCCAAUUUUUGAAAUAAAUACUUUGAUUCAUUAAUACA